UACUCUCUUGUUUCUUCCACUUCAAACAAUUGCCUUAUUAGCUGUUGUUUCAUUCCCCCAUCUUCCAUUACAAAACAACCUUCAUCUUCUCCUUCUUCCAUCUUCUUUGACAAAAAACAUGUCGUCGAUCCUCGAACUCUUCGAAAUCUUUCAAGAAACCUACGAGAUCAUCCGCACAUGGAGAAAAAUCUUCGCCCAAAUCGCGCUCGCCUUGAUCCUCCCUUUGACCUUCAUCUUCUUGGCUCACAUGGAGAUUUCAAAUCUUCUCUUUGGCAACUUCUUCCACCAGCUCUCGUUCCUACACAAACACGACAAUGAUCAAGACGUUCACAAAUACAACGACAUGUCGGGGCUCAUUACCCCUAAAUGGACCUGCUUUUGGCUCUUCAACAUCUCUUACAUCGUCUUCCUCUUUGUUUUCUCCCUCCUUGCCACCUCCGCCGCCGUCUACACAGUUGCUUGCAUACACAUAGGAAAAGAAGUGUCUUUCAAGCUGAUCAUCAGCGUCGUGCCGAAGGUUUGGAAGCGCCUCAUAGUCACAUUCCUUUGUGUUUUUGCUUCAUUCUUCGUCUUCAAUUUGCUAGCAGUCUUUGCUUUCAUUUUGCUUCUCUUCAUUCUCCUCAUACAAUACGGGCCUUACGGCGACGUCAAUGGCUCAAUCUUCGUCGUCUUCUUCCUCCUCUACUUCGUCGGGUUAUUAUACCUGAGCGUCGUCGUGCAACUGGCGAGUGUCGUCUCCGUUUUGGAAGAGUCGUGCGGGUUCAAGGCAAUGGCGAAGAGCAGGUCGCUGCUGAAGGGGAAGAUGGUGGUGGCCACAGUCAUGUUGUUGCUCAUCAAUGUCUCUUUGGUGAUCAUUCAACAGGCCUUUUUGAAGCUGGUUGUUCAUGGGGAUGGGGUAUGGCUUGGGAUGGUGGGCAGGGGUAUUUUGGGAAUAGUGUGCUUGUUCUUGCUGUUGAGUUUCUUCCUGUGGCAGCUUGUGCUGGAGACAGUGUUGUAUUUCGUUUGCAAAGAAUUCCAUCUGGAGAAUAUCAACAAGUCGGCUCUCUCGAACCAUCUCGAGGUUUAUUUGUUGAAUGAGUAUCUCCCUUUGAUGGCCAAGAAUGUUGAGCUUGAAAAGUUAGAAGAAGUUUGAUUUGUUCAAAUAUUUAUGGCUUGGCUUGUUUCUUUCGUCUCUUUUCAAAGAUAAUUUACUUGGGGAUAUAUAAAGAGUUUGGAUUCUAUUUC